AUGUCUACUACCAACCCUACUAUCGAUCCGAUUAUCGAUAGCCCUACUAUCGAUCUGAUUAUCGAUAACCCUACUACUGCUACCACUGAUCUGAUUAUCGAUAACCCUACUACCGAUCUGAUUAUCGACGAACCUACUACUAAUCAAGGUAGUCAACUAUCUGAUCUUCUACCCCCGCCAGAGCAAACCUUCGCAUCUCGCGAUCUAUUGGUCGAUUUUGUACGCUAA